GGAAUGGCGCUUGAGUCCUUGAGCGUAAUGAUUCGAAUGAUUGCUUCGUGUAGUUUCCGAUUAACGCUUUGAUGUGCAAAUUCUGCAAGGAUAGGUUGACAGGAAAACUGCACAACCUCGAGCCCCAAAAUGCUGCAAAUACAUGCAAAUACCGGUCAAUACUGUUUUGUUGAUCCCAGGUGGUGCCAGCGUUUCUCUUCCCCCUGUAUCUUGCCGGGCAGAGCAUUUCCUGCUCACGGGCGAUGCUGCGAAAGCCCUUCACAAGCGCAGCAGGGCUGCUGCGGUGGCACUCUUUGCGCCCCAUUGCCACCGAGCGCUGCGAGCCAUCGGCUCGGUGGAAGAUAUCGUCUACAACGCUGCGUUGGGCAUCACCGAGGCCAACAAUAAGAUGACCUCGGCUUAUCUCCAUCGAGCCCUCGUUUGGAGGCCUAUGCCCGCGCGCUUUGUUGUACAGCCACGGCUGGUUCCCACUCACUUCGAUGCACCGAGCGCGGGCGGCUCGGGCGGCGGACCAGCGCGCUUGGCCUUGUUCGCGACGCUCGUGAACACACAGGACCACUACAAGGAGCAAAACUUUGUGCUGGAUGCCAUGCGUUUGAAGUGCUCUGCCGAUCGCCUCGGAAGGCAACUGCCCUUCCAUUUGAUUUAUGGUGGUGGCUUGAUGGAGUCCGAGUUGAGUCUGCUGAUGCGAUUUGGAUUCAUCAUUGAGGACUACUCCAAAGAGGUUGACUUCAUCAAGAGCAAAUGUUGCAAGCAGUGUGAUGGACGCCGCGAUGGCUGGGCCACGGUCUUCAAGUUGUUUGCUUGGAAGGCCUUGGCCUAUGAUUUGGUGCUGCAUGUGGAUUUGGAUGUUUGCUUCGCCGGCCGCUCGCCGGCGGCUGCCAUGGAGGAAUUGAAGGAAGCGAACGUGAGCUUCCUCAGUGACCCGAACCCCUCAGGCCCUGGCUGGCAUUCGCAUAUUUUUGCCUUGAAGCCUUCCCUGGAGAAGUUCAAGGAGAUCGUGGACUUCACCAUGGGGCAUCCGACCCCUCGCUUGGUGGUUUUGGGACCAAAGUUGGCGCAGGGUUGGGCCUGCUGUGCCUGCUGGCCCUUGGCUGCCUUGGGUUUGGGCAAGCAGAUGUCCAGGAGAAGCUUCAGCUUUGACGCAACGGGCUGUUUCACCUGCUCACUGGGUGAGUUGCAGGACAUUUGGGGUGAUGAUGAGGAAAUUUGCUUGAUACAAAGCAAGAGACGAGCGAAGGAGGCGAAAGAGAUGAGCUUGGAGGAUGCAAUUCAGAAAGCAGGGGAGUUGGUCAAACAGCUCACCUUCGAUGAGAAGUUCGGCUUGGUCAAGGGAGUUGCCUAUUCAGAUGGAGACUUCAACCCUCCCUUCGGCUUCUUCGUGGGGAAUACAGCGGCCGUGGAGCGCCUCAAGAUCCCGACCUUGAAUCUGCAGGACAAUGGCCAGGGCUACCGCACGACUCAGAAGCCGAUUAUCGGGCAGGUCACGGCCUGGCCGUCGACCUUGGCCGUGGCGGCCACCUGGGACCGCGACCUGGGCUACGAGUGGGGCCAGGCGUUGGGUGAUGAGUUCUUCCCCAAAGGCGGCAAUGUGGUCCUGGGCCCUGGCCUCAACGUCCACCGCGUGGCGCGCAACGGGCGGAACGUGGAGUAUUUGUCCGGAGAGUCGGCUUAUUUGGGUUCAGAGCUGGUGGGAGGCUACAUUAAGGGCGUGCACUCCAAGAAUGUGCUGACUGUCAUGAAGCAUUUCAUUGUCAACAGUCAGGAGACACUCCGGAGCUUCGUGAAUCCAGAGGUCUCUCAGAAAGCACUUUGGGAGGUCUACUAUCCACCCUUCCAGGCCUCCAUCGACGCAGGCUGCCUCUCGGCGAUGUGCGCCUACAACCUGGUGAACGGCAUCCACGCGCGUGCGAAUGGGGACACGAUGCAAAGAGACUUGAAAGAUGUGAUGGGCUUCAAAGGCUGGAUCAUGAGCGACUGGUGGGCCUUGCACUCCUUCGCAGCCGCCGAAGGUUUGGACCAGGAGAUGCCUGGCAACUCUCCAGGAGACCUACCCAUGAAUCAGGUCUAUUUCACCAAGGAGAAUCUUCAGACGCUACCUCAAGAGCGCCUGGACGACAUGGUCACCCGAAUCUUGACCCCUGUCGUGAGAUAUGGGCUGAUGGAACAUCCAGUUUGCAACCCUGCUGAUGGAGGAUGUUUGGAAGAGAUGCUGAAAGUCAACGUGCGAACCGCGGAGCAUCAAGCGUUGGCGCGCCGCAUGGUGGCCGAGUCAGUGAUCCUUCUUAAGAAUGAGGACGAGGUCCUGCCCAUCAGCUCGAACGUGAAGACCAUUGCCGUGCUGGGCUCGGCGUGCCAGCCCGAGGACAACACGGAGGAGAUGCUCAACCAGUGGGAUUUGGGCAACUACUACACGGUGGGCGGCUCCGGACGGGUGAUCCCCAAGGACCCGGUGUCCAUCCUUCAAGGCCUUCAGCAGCUUUCCACGGCCAAGGUGGUUUUCGACCUCUCCGAUGAUUGGAAGGCCUCCGUGGCCCUCGCCCAAACCGCCGAGCUGGCCGUGCUGUGCGGCGCCACCACCUCGGCGGAGGGCCGCGAUCGUCCAAAUCUCAAGGUGGAUCAGGAAGCCUUCGUGGUCAAAGUCGCGCAAGAGUUGAAGAUCCCCACCGUCGUGGUGACUUUGAUUCCAGGCGCCAUCGUGAUGCCCUGGAUCGCCCACGUGGACGCUGCGCUGGCGGCCUUCCUGCCCGGCGAAGCCACGGGCCUGGGCAUCGCCCAGGUGCUGCUGGGCACCACGAACCCAGGUGCCAAGUCACCGGUGACCUUUCCACUGAACGAGUCGGAUGCCAUCGCUCCUUGUGAGCCUCCGGAGGGAGUGAAAUUUGAAACGCCAGAUCAGUCCUUCCCAUGCCCCUACGAUGAGGGGAUUAUGGCAGGAUUUCCCCACUACGAGGACAAGAAGGUGCAAUACCCUUUUGGCCAUGGCUUGUCCUACACCACCUUCAGCUACGACGAUGUCACAGUGGUGGAAACCGCCUCGGAGGGCUGCGACGCCAAAGCUUGCGUCACGGUGCAGAUCACCAACACGGGCCCUGUGGCUGGGGCCGAAGUAGUGCAACUCUACUUGGUGUUUCCUGAGGAUUUGGGCCAACCCAAGAAGGGCCUGCUGCGAGGCUUUCAAAAGGUGAACUUGCCGGCCGGGGCGUCUAAGAAGGUCACCCUGAAGCUUUGGGAGAAGGAUUUAAGCACCUACUCGGAGGAGAAGAAGGGAUGGGUUUAUUCCAAAGGACCAUUCCACUUGCGUAUUGGCUCAUCGAGCCGUGACAUCCGACUCACGCGCUCCUUCUGA